AUGCGAGCUUCAGCCUCUAUACUGAGUGCAAAAGCUCUUUUAGUGCUCAGCGCCUUCAGACACAUUGGCACACAUGCGAGCCCAAGUGUCAAUGUCGCUCUCCGAGCUUCCUUCAACCCUGCGCCAUAUCUAGUAGAGUUAUUAGAGACAGUUGCAGAAGAGAACGCAACGGCAUACUACCCUAUCCUCGACCGCGUAUCGGAGGGCUACUUCGACGAGAAGAACACAGAGCAGGAGCUAUAUACGGCCUUUGUAGACCUCCUGCGUAGCGAUGGGCACAUCAUCGAGCCUGAAGCUCUCGCUUCUUUCGAAUUCGCUCUGUCGGUCCGGUCGGCUGCGCCGCGGAUAGAAGCACAUUACCAAUUCUACAAGACGUCGGUGGAGCCAUCAUUGGUAGCCGAACAGACGAAAGCAUGCGACAUCUGGACAUCGUUUCACGGAAAGCAGUACUGUGAUGUGCAUCUGGAGGAACAUUUUGGAGAUAUCGAGAGCGAACGAACAUACCAACUACCCUUCGACCGAAUACUUGGCAACAGCUCGGCUCUUCCCGCGAUCCUCUACGCCGAUAUAACUGCUCCUCGAUUCAAGAAAUGGCACAAGACACUUAGUAAGACGGCCAAGGAGGGGAAGACGUCGUACCGUGUCAGGCACAAGCCUUCUUCCAACGCGCCGACAUCGCCACUGGUAGUCAACGGAUAUGGUGUCGAGUUGCAAUUGAAGCGCACCGACUAUAUUGUCAUCGACGACAGACAGGCCGAGCAGGGAGAGAAGAGCGCUACUCAGAAGCCGAUGGGCACUGGUCUAGGCGAUGAUGAAGAUGUGGCGGACCUUAAGCCGUUGUCCAAGGAUGAGGUAUCAGAUCUAGGUCUGAAAGCGGCCAGCUUUGUGACCCAAAGUGAACAACCCAUGGACACCCUCAUGAAGCUUGUGCAGGACUUCCCAAAGUACUCCUCCAUCAUCGCAGCCCAUAACGCGUCGGAUGAGUUUGUGGACGAACACCUGAAUAAUCGCGAGCAACUCCUUCCCACUGGGUACAACGUCAUAUGGAUCAACGGUGUACAGAUCCCAGCUCGCGAUGUAAAUCCGUACUCGCUAUUGGCACAUCUGCGACGCGAGCGAAAGUUGAUCAACGGCAUACGUAGUCAGGGUCUAAGCGGUUCUGAGGUUAUAUCUCUGUUGUCGCAUGCUUCUAUUGCGGAGACUCAGACGGAGGACGAACCUCAACGUUACGACUUCAGAGACACUACUGAAGGAGGCAAUGUCAUCCUAUGGCUCAACGACAUCGAAAAGGAUCCCAUGUACGAGGGAUGGCCGAGUGAACUCAGAGCUCUACUGCAAAGAACUUAUCCUGGACAGCUUCCAUCUUGCCGGAGAGAUAUUCACAAUGCCAUCGUCUUCGUUGACUUUACCUCGGUCGAAGAUGUUUCGACUACACUGGAUACUAUCAUGAGUCUGAUCAGGCGUGGUAUUCCCCUACGCUGGGGUAUCGUUCCUCAAACCGCCACUUCGGGGGCUCUAGAGCAGGCUAAGCUAGUCUACUAUUUGCAAGACGCAUACGGACUACCUGCUGUGAUUGAAUACCUACAAGUAUCAGCGGCGAAACCCGAUAAAGCUGUCUUUGACACAACAGUUAAAAGAACUACUCUCCUCGAAGGAAAGGAAGCGCUAGCGUUCGAUGAUGUACUCAAUUCUGAGGCUUUAGAUCAACGUAUUACAGGCGCCAAACAGUACCUGAAGCGUCUAGCAGCGGAAGGCCCAAAAGCCCCCAUCUUUGUCAACGGUGUUCCCAUUCCAGCAACUGAAGAAUGGCUCUCUACCCUCAGCCAAAGAAUCGGCAUGGAUCUUCGUCAAAUCCAGAAGGGUGUCUUCAAUGGCGUCUUUAACGACGAAAGUUGGGUUCCGCAGUACUUCUUGUUCCAGGCUGCUGCUAAGCGCAAUCCUCUUCUCAUUCCAGAGAAUGAGAAGAACAUCACACUCAUCAACAUGGCAGAGUUUGAAGAGGUUCAUGGCGAACCGUACAGUAAGAUGCCACGCAUUCAUGCUUCAGAGUCGGCUAGCAAGAGUGACUGGAUUCACAUCACCCUCGUAGCAGACUUCGAUUCUGAGGCCGGCUUUGCGUUGCUCAAUGCGGUGGCAAAUUUCCGCGAGGCCAACCCCAACGUCGAGGCUGUUCUCAUACAUAACCCGAAAGCUGGCGCGGAGCAAUCGAACGCCUCAGAAGAUCUUUUGGAAACCUACAUCAAAUCCGGUCGCAAGCUUACAAGCGAAGCCUUGUCUGAACUCCUGACCCGAGAAGCGAACUACGGACCCACUCCCGCCAACUCAACCCUAUUCUGGAAGAUUGCUGAGCCAAUCUACGACGCGUUCGGUUUGAGGCCAGGGCAGAACGGUUUACUUGUCAACGGGCGCUACGUCGGUCCCAUCCCAGAAGACUAUGCCUUUACCCAGGAUGACAUGGAGACUUUUGUGACUUAUGAGACGACCAAGCGCGUUGAGCCAUUAAACAAAGCGCUUGCCGAUCUUCAGCUUAUGGACAAGAUUGCAUCUCCUCUAGAUAUCGCCAAGAUACAGUCGCUGGUUGCGCUCUCCACCGUAUCCGACGUCCCAGAAGGUAUCUUCGAGACUGCGUCGACUCUGAGGAUGAGUACAUACAACAACUGGACUGCUAAGCACACGGCUAUCACUAGAGGGGACCAAGACAAAGCCGUCUUCCAGAUCGUGGCUUCUAUAGACCCAGCUACAGAACUGGCGCAGAAGUGGGUACCCAUUCUGAAAGCACUGAGCGACAUGAAUGGCGUACACCUCAAGCUUUUCUUGAACCCCAAGCAGAUGCUCCAAGAACUUCCCGUCAAGCGUUUCUACAGAUACGUUCUCGAAGCUCGACCACAAUUCACCCCCGAUGGAGCCGUUGGUAGUCUGGCAGCCCAUUUCACUGGCAUUCCCAAGGAGGCCUUGCUGAACCUCGGCAUGGACGUGCCACCCUCUUGGCUAGUUGCACCGGAAGAGUCUAUACAUGAUCUCGACAACAUCAAGCUCAGUACGAUCCCCGCCGGUACCAACGUCGACGCUAUUUACGGAUUGGAGAGCAUCCUUAUCGAGGGCCACUCCCGCGACACCACAAGCGGGGGUCAGCCGCCGCGUGGUGCUGAGGUUGUUCUUGCCACUGAGCGAGACCCUCACUUUGCUGAUACCAUCAUCAUGGCCAACCUUGGCUACUUCCAAUUCAAAGCCAACCCUGGAUUCUACAAUAUCAAACUGAAGAGUGGUCGCUCCCAGGAAGUCUUUAACCUUGACAGUGCAGGUCCAAUUAGCUGGGCUCCUCAGCCCGGUGACGAAACCACCGAGAUCGCCCUUAUGAGCUUCCAAGGAGCGACAAUCUUCCCUCGACUAUCCCGUAAGCCGGGCCAGGAGGAUACCGAUGUACUCGCUCCGGAGGAAUCGCUUGCCUCUGAACUAGUCGGCAAGAGCGCGCAGAAGGUUAACAAAUUCCUUGGAAAGAUGGGACUCAACUUUGACUCCGAAAAGGUCUUGCAAAAGGGUGCCGAUUUGUUCUCUGGAGGCAAAGCGACAAAGAAGGGCACUCAGGCAGACAUCAACAUCUUCUCCGUCGCUUCAGGUCACUUGUACGAGCGUAUGCUGAAUAUCAUGAUGGUCUCUGUCAUGAAGCAUACAAACCACACCGUCAAGUUUUGGUUUAUCGAGCAGUUCCUGUCUCCCAGUUUUAAGUCGUUCUUACCCCACAUCGCUGCCGAGUACGGAUUCGAAUACGAAAUGGUCACUUACAAGUGGCCUCACUGGCUACGCGGACAAACCGAGAAGCAGCGCAAGAUCUGGGGUUACAAGAUCCUCUUCUUGGAUGUCUUGUUCCCCUUGGAUCUUGAGAAGGUCAUUUUCGUCGAUGCGGAUCAGAUCGUAAGGACUGACAUGUACGAAUUAGUACAGCACGACCUCGAAGGUGCACCAUACGGUUUUACGCCCAUGGGCGACUCGCGAACGGAAAUGGAAGGCUUCCGCUUCUGGAAGACUGGCUACUGGGCGAACUUCUUGCGUGGCCGCCCCUACCACAUCUCUGCGCUUUACGUCGUAGAUCUCAAUCGCUUCCGCCAACUAGCAGCCGGUGACAGACUGCGUCAGCAAUACCACUCCCUCUCCGCUGAUCCCAACUCACUCUCCAACCUGGAUCAGGAUCUUCCAAACAAUAUGCAGUUCAACCUACCCAUCCACAGCUUACCUCAGGAAUGGCUGUGGUGUGAGACCUGGUGCAGCGACGAGGAUCUUGCGAAGGCGAAGACUAUCGAUCUGUGCAACAACCCGCAGACAAAGGAGCCGAAGCUGGAUCGUGCGAGAAGACAGGUUCCAGAGUGGAACGUGUAUGAUGAGGAGAUUGCGGCGUUGGCGAGACGUGUCAAGGGGGAGCAGAGUAGACAGGAGGUGGUGGAUGUGCAGGAAGAGGAGCAGCGGAGGGAGAAGAAGGAGAAGGAUGCUGAGAAGGAGAAGCACGAUGAGUUGUAA